UGACCCCUCCUCCCAUUGUUGCACCUGUCUUUCUGCGCAUGACAAGACACGUCUUCACUAUCACCCGCCACCACCUUUACAGAUUGUUUUUGUCCAGCCGGUUUUUCCGGGUCGUCUUCGAUGUCAUUUUCGGAAGGCCCUGAGCCGAAGAAGCCACGAACUUCGAGUAGUGAAAUACAGCCGUUCGGCAACGUUAAGAUGACCAAUAACGGCAAGAGCGCCCCGGAACUGCGCUACAAGCGGAUGGGGUUCGAACCGACUCCAGAGCUUCGGGCGGAGUGGAAGAGGCGAUUCGGCAAAGAGGAGCCCCACAUAGCCACGCUAAUUCUCGCGAGAGGUGGCAGUAAGGGCAUCCCCAUGAAGAACAACAAGAAGUUAGGAGGGCUGGAGCUGAUUGGCUGGGUCAUCCGGGCAGCGAUAGACUCUGACAUCAUGGACAGUGUCUGGGUGUCCACUGACCAUGACGACAUCGCGGCCACAGCGCGCAAGUGCGGUGCGCAGGUGCACAGGCGCUCAGCUGAGGUGUCUCAGGACACCUGCAACUCAUGGGUCACCAUUGACGAGUUCGCCAAGUAUCAUCCUGAGGUGGACAUCAUCGUAGAUAUCCAGGCAACGUCCCCUUGCCUCCAUCCGUUCCAUUUGCAUGACGGGAUGCGUCUGACGUUGAAGGACGGCUACGAUUCGGUCUUCACUGUGGUCCGACGUCACGGCUUCCGGUGGACAGAUCCCAAGUGGGGGAUCCAGCCAUUCCCUUUGAACUUUGACCCCGCUAAGCGCCCGAGGCGACAGGAGUGGAACGGAGAGAUAGUGGAGAACGGAGCGUUCUACAUGAUGACUCGGGACGUGGAACAACAAGGGCUCAUGCAGGGCGGCAAGAUGGCGUAUCUUGUCAUGGAACCAGAGUACGGUGUGGACAUCGACACGGAUCUAGACUGGGAGAUCGCCGAGCAGCGCCUUUUCCGAUUCGGGUACCAUGGACGAACACCCAAGACGGUAAAGUUGGUGGUGGUGAACAUAGACGGGACACUCCUUGACGGUCAAGUUCAAGUCUCCCCGACAGGAGAGGAGCUGAGAUCCUUCAAGACCACGGACAUCGUCGGUGUGCAACAGCUGCGAGAGAACGGGAUAGAGUUCCGUGUAGUCGCCGAGGGCGAUAACGAAGUGCAGCGGGCCUUGGCCGGCAAGCUGUCCGCCAAACUGGAGGAGAACUGUACGGACAAGCUGACAGUGAUUGACGCCUGGCGCCAGGAGCUCGGACUGGAGUGGAAGGACAUCGGAUAUAUGGGAUAUGACAUCAGUGACAUGUCCUGUAUCAAGAAGGCAGGAAUGUCCGCCUGUCCGUCUGACGCUUACGCCGCCAUCCAGAAACACUCCCACUUCAUCUCCACCUACCGGGGUGGUCAGGGCGCGCUCAGGGAGUUCUGCGAGCAGAUCAUGCUUCAACACAGCAUGGGAACUCAGGAACAAUCCGGGGAUAAAGUUGUCUACGCAUCAUAAAAACAAGAUCUUCAAAGGUAGCAGAACACAGUUUUCUGCCCACGGGGAUUUCUAUAGAUAAGGGCCACAGGGUGACUGGCUUUGACAACGUGGUAAGAAUAUACUACCGUGCACUAGAGAUAUAUAAAAAAAACACGAAUGUGUUUGAUUUGAAGGAAUGACUACAAAAUAUGUUUAAAAAACAAAAACAAAUCUAUUUGUGUAUUGAAUUCUCAUGUCCUAUUUGAAACGCCGCUCUGCGGAGGUUAAAUGAGCUGCAGCACGUUCGGCCUAAAGGCGCCCCUUUCACGAACUGGAAAACCUUCACAAACCAAAUCAUACAAUCUCAUCGUCAUAUUCCUACACCAAACAGCAUAGUUUACACUUUGAGGCGUCUUACAUACGGUUUUCUACCAAGUCUUCAAGAAUUCUGGCCGAACUACUUUAUGUACUGCGUCAUAGACCCCCUGGCGCGAAUGGAUACUGUGUUCUGCGACCUUAAAAGUUCAGGAUUCAUCACUUGUUAUAAACGUGUCGUCAAUAUCCAUUGGGGUUGCACCGCGGAUGAAUACGCAUAUUUCCCAUGUGAUCUGUCGAUUACGUCAUUUGAAAAAAGUAAUUCCUGCGGUCACAGGUACCACGUGGAACUAUUUCACAAACCUCCUUGGUUUCACAAAGAUAAAUUUGCUGUUUUCCUUUAACUUGUGUCAGAAUCCGUUGUACAAUAUACUGAACAGAUACGACCAAUAACAAGGUCUUUGAAAUAGAUUGCUUAGAUGCGUGUGAACUGGUGUAGCUAUGUUUUAAGAAUACGUGUAGCUUUGAGCUUAAUUAGUAUAGAUUUUGUCCUUAAGAAUAUAGAUUUCAUCAUAUUUCACUAUCUCAUAGUAGAUUUUAUUUCUAGAACUGAAUUCUAAACGUUGAUUGUAAUAUUCAAAUAGAUUGUAAUGUUUCAAAACGCUACAUAUACUUCAUUGUAUGGCAAUUUGCAUUUUUUGGUAACUACAAACAUGAAAACCACCAACACUAGUGUUUAAAGACAAUCUGAUGUUUUGGAAAGAAGCUGUAUUCAAUAUAGAUAUCUAAAACUGCAUGGUAGACUGCACUUAGUCUAUUAGAUAUUAUAUAUGUAAAGUGGAGUACACAAACCCCUUGAAUUAAAUACAAAUAAUGUAAAGGAA